AUGGACACAAAGUACGGCCCUUAUAUCAAUGUGACUACCCCAGGCCAGAUGCAAAGAAUGGCAGGGCUUGUAAUGAAGCUCUUCACGAGCCUUCUCUAUCUCCAUUUACUGCAUCGCUACAUGAACAGCGUCUCGUACCGGAUCCCAGAUAGACUGCGUCAAAUUGUGCUUAUAAAGGGGUCCGAGGCCUUGGAAGCCGCAGUGGAACUGGAGUCCGCAGCAGACCUCCAAAUAUGGGCUUGGUAUACCCCGGCCUACCAGCAAUAUCACACGGCAUUUCUCAUGCUGUUUCAGGUGUACACCUUUCCGAUGCGGAAGGAGGCUUCUCGCAUCUGGCAUUGUCUGGAUUGGAUCUUUGCAGAGACUGUCCAGGGAGUGGGGGUGCCACCAUUCACCAUGACCGGGACAACGUCCACUAUGCAACAAACCAUUGCUUCUCGAAACAUAAUAGCAACGCAUUUGUUAACUGUAAUCUGUGAGCGGAUGAAAGUAUAUCAAAAGGCCAAGGGACUGAAAUCGCAUACCCUGUUCAAAGAUUCAAUGAUCGUCAUCACGCCGAAAAAAGACGGCGAUGACACUGAUCCUCGGAUGCCAUUGAAUUAUGCUCAUGGGGAUCCGGGUGAUAAUCAUUUCGUGCGACCUCCGAAAUCUGCGCCGAUCAAUCCAAGGCCUGAAAAUCAUCGUUUUGUACAGGCCAGUGACUUCCAGCCCAUAGUAGGUGCUAUGGGUGGCCAUGCCUCCACGUCAGAAGGUUUUUCUCCUUGGCUACAAUGA